CGUCUGAGACAGAGUUCCCGCGGUCGGAUGCGUUCCCGCCGGGAGACAUGCGUCUGCUCGUGGUGGCGACUUUCUUUGGAGUCUUAAUGGCGCUCGCAGGAGACGCCCUACAGAUCCAGUGCUACCAGUGCGAGGAAAUGAAGCACAACGACUGCUCCACGCCCGAGUACGUUGUCAACUGCACCGUCAAUGUGCAGGACAUGUGCCAGAAGGAGGUGCUGGUCAGACCUGAUGGGAUUCAUUACCGGAAAUCAUGCGCGUCCUCCGGGGCUUGUCUCAUCGCCUCCUCCGGUUAUCAGCAGUUCUGCACCGGGCGGCUGAACUCGGUGUGCAUUUACUGCUGCAACACGCCACUCUGCAACGGACGCAAGAAGAAGCGACCCGCUUCGUCUGCGGCAACACCCGACCCCCAGAUGAGCGUUUUUCUCGCCCUACUUUUGCUGUCUCUGACAUAGAUGCUGCCCCUGCAUCUCCUGCACACCACUAGUUGUUUCCUUUGAACCAUCGUAACAACCUUCAUUCCCACCUGACUCUAGCACACGCUCUCUCAAUCCCAUUCUGUUUUGGAACCGGAAUCCCUCAACACUUUUUUUGCUUUUUUUUGUGAGUUGGACUGUGCGGUCCGUGGGGGUUUUGGUCAGGUCCUUCUACCGUAUGCCUUAAUAGCUCCUAUACUAUAAAUUGCAGAAGUUGUCUUGCCUUUUGUUUCACGAGUAGUCAACGUGCACUUUUUCACCGCAAAGUGUGCAUCAUAUUUUCCCCAGAGUGGACAAUGCCUGUCAAUGUGCAUCGACACCAUGUGAGAAUUAGACUUUCAAAAAGCAUUUAAAGGCCUACUGAAAUGAAAUUGUCUUAUUUAAACAGGAAUAGCAGAUCCAUUCUAUGUGUCAUA